CUCACUCAAUCAUCCUAGCGUACUUUUCGUGAAGGCUGGCGUAUCGGAGAACGGCCUAAGGGAGCCAUCUGACGAAUUAUUCAGUGGGGAUGAAGGUGUUUCCCAUGAAGGGGAAAGAGAGCCGGCUGCCAACUUAGGAGGAGACUGUGGGGAUUUUAUGAGUGGUAGUGACAAUGGGAGAGAGCCUCUGACUGCUGUGAAAGCAGGAACGGUUGUGAACGAGGAGAAUGCACUCGAUGUGGUUAGGGCUAUAGCGCGUGAUGUUGAUGAGGAGCACGACGAAGUAGAUAUAGCCAUCUGUUCUGCUGUGGAAGCAGUAUAUGUGCUAGGUGAUGCCGCCUUUGAGACACAAACAGAUACAAGGGGUGUUGACAUGGGUAAAUUUCCUGUUCGUGGGGAUGCAGAGAGUCAUCGUGAAGAGAGCACAUUUCCUGACAUACAACCUGCUCCAGUGAGGAAAAUGAGAUUGCCUACGGGGAGAAGAGAGGGAUCGAUGUCAACGCGCAUCAGCCCUUUAUGGACUAGAGAAAAGAGGGACUGUUACCAAUUCCUACUUGCAACUCCCUAUAUGUGGACGGAUCAUGUUGUCUACGAUGAUGAUAUGGUGGAACUUAGUAAAAGAAAAUUCAGCACGUUGAAGCCCCAUGAAGCUGUUGAUGUUGGAGUUGUGGAUGCUUGGGCAUGGUAUUUGAAUCACAUGGAAGAGGAAAAAACAACACAGAUUACCAAGAGAUUGUUUGCCACAACAUCUCCAACAACAUUCAAUGUGGUUGAAAGGAGAACUACUUGGUUAGAGUCUGAAGCUGUUCAUUCGUUCUGUGAGGAGAUGGAUGGUCAAUUCAACAUGGAUGGAAAUUUUGAUUUCACAAAAUAUGAUAUGAUAUUUUUCCCAAUCUUUUCAAAUAGACAGUACUUUUUGGUGUGCUUUUCCUUUAAGACUGGUAUUGCGGACGUGCUAGACAUUGUCGUGCCUGAGAACGGUAUUCCAGAUGCGAGCAAAUAUGCGACAGACCUGGGUCUACUUCGGAAUUUUCUUGGCUACUAUCUCGAGUCAAAAGGACUGAACGCAAUGUGUGAGGUAAUAAUGAAAGAGCAGAGAACCCGACUGCUGGACUUGCCCUGGAAGACACCCCAGGCCACUAAUGACUCGGCAGUAUUCCUGAUGAGGCACAUGGAGUCCUACAAAGGUAACCCUGACAAUUUAAAGGCUAUUGGUCUUCAUGGUGCUAGUGUGAGGAUUCUGCAGAUUUUGAGGGGGAGGUAUUGCAAGAACAUGCUCCUUGCACCGUUCAACAGUGCCAAAGAAAUGUUCUUGUCAUACAUGAGUCAUUACAUCAACGUGACGCCCACUUUCAGAACAGAUUUUGCUAGGCAAGUGAAUGGAAUGUUGAACAAGGCUCCCAGUAACGAGCAAUGCAAUCAGCCUGCCAGGAAGAGAAGCAAGAUGAAAUGAGUUUAUUUGAAGUUGAUGAUCUUUGUUUUCAAUUGUUUAUGGUAGUUUUUGGAUUUUGACGUUUAGAACUUUUGGCUUGAUAACUCGUCGUUUUGUUAAUUGAAUUACCAACAUUAGGAAGUUGUUUGAACUGAAGCAAGUUCGUAUUGAUAUUCUCUCCAUUUUGAUUCGUCC